AUUGGCUAAUUUAAAAUGAAGUAUUUGGACAAUUAUAUAAAAGAUGAUAAUUACACGGAUUUUGAGAACGUCAUUACGAACGUGAAAGAUGCCAGCGAAUUAACAAAUGUUUAUGAAAAAUUGCUAUCAAUGCCGCAACGUUCACGAUUCCUAAAAUUAUGCUUAGAAAAGGGCUGUAAUAAAAACUAUGUGAAUUGUGAUACUGGAAAAGCUGCCAUAAACUAUGCUGCCGAAUCAAUGCAUUUCACUAAUCUAUUCCUGUUAAUUUAUUUUAAUAUGAUGGGCAAGAAGGACAAAUCUGUGAAAAUAAAUGUAGAAAAUCUUAACGAAGUUUGCUCUCCAGCGGGUGAAUCAAUCCCUCUGCUAAAUUUGCCCGAGGGAGAAGCUGUUAACUCUGCACAUAUAAAAGAUAUAGAUUAUAAAUACCAAAACCAAACGGCACUCAACUAUUUAGCCAGCCAUUUACCUUCAGAGAAUGCCGGUGAAGUUCGUGAGUGCAUGGAACUCUUGCUUCGAAAUGGCGCCGCAGUGAAUGCAAUGGAUGAUUCCGGGGAAGUACCGUUGAACUACGUGUUAAAGAACACUGAGUUGAGUCCAAAUGAUAAAUACGAGCUAAUUUACAUGCUGCUUCAGCGAUAUACAACAGCGGAUUUAAUUGCCAAAGAGGCGUGGAACUAUUUGGAAACUAACCAUAUGAAAAAGCAUUCAGAACUUAAUAGAGACAAUCUUGAAGAGAUGAUAUCUAAACGAAAGAAUCUUGAAGAUAUGAUAUCUAAGCGAAAGAAUCCACAAAUAGGUAAAGGCCUCUAUUUGAAACGACGACUAUCGGAUGUUUAUAGUAGAAGCAAUUCACCGCAAGGUAACUAUAUAAAAAAUCUAUUGGAAAGAUAUGCCAAUCGAGGCGACGUAAAUGCCAUGAAGAUGCUGCAACAAAUAUUGGGUACAUUCUCAAGAAAGGACACUAAUAUUGAUUUCCCUCUUAUGUGUAAGUCUUAUGGCAAAGAAAUCCUUCAAGAGUUGCUAAAUACACCCAAUCUGCAAAUCGAUUAUGUGGAACUCGCUAAGGACUUUAUUGAAACGAUGCCUUCAGAAUUCGACAAAAAAGAAGAACACAUAAAACAUGUAGAACUAUUGCAAAUACUGCUAAAGAGAAGAGAUGGCCUCGCUAGUGCUGCGGAUGAAGAGGGACUUCCUCUAUUAAGUUAUGCAGCUUUGAAGCGCAACGAAGUGGCGGUCAGAGUGCUGUUACGUCAUGGAGCAUAUAUGGGCAUGAGGAACGACUACAAAGGGCUGCCGAUCAAGAACAUCCGACCUGAGGUCAUUGAAGAGCAUUUGGACUACUGCAUUCAAAUGGAUGCUGUCAAAUCGAAUGAUAGCAAUAUAACCAUGGACUUUACAAAUAUUUGCCAUCCACCAAACGGACCCAAUACAAAUCCCACCCUACGUUACAAUGAUAUGUCGACCAUCGCUCAUAUCAAGAAAUCGAGAAAUCUACACCAUUUACUUAAUCAUCCAAUAGUGUCGACUAUUCUGGUACACAAAUGGCAAAAGUAUUCCAAAUUCUUUUACACUCAUUUCGCCAUAUACUUAAUUUUUAUAAUACUUCUAACCACACUUAUUGUAUCGGAUUAUCGUUCAAUCUCAUACGCCUGUUUGCCCUUCAUCGUUUACCUCAUUAUUCACGAGGUGGUCCAGUAUAAAAUUUCACCUGUGCACUACUUCCGCGAACCUUUCGUCAAUGGCCUGGAUAUCUUAGUUAUCAUCCUUUCAAUAAUUGUAUGCUGUCCAUGGUGCACAUCUCGAAAUUUCGAGACAUUCGCAGUGCUAGCUUCAUGUUUCAGGCUAUUUUCUCACAUGAGUUUGAUGCCCAUCGCGUGGAUAUCGAAACCUUUUCGUAUGCUAUUCAUGGUUAUCAACACUGUAUUCAAAUUAAGGAUACUUAUAUUGGUGGUCUUUCUAUUCGGAUUAUGCUUCUACAUUCAAAACGGAAAUGGAACGCAAGUGAAGUCAGCUAAUAAAACGGAGUCUAUAAGCUUCGACUUUGACACCUUCGCUUCGGCACUAAUGAAAUCAACGAUAAUGGCAAAUGGAGAGUACGAUGCUGGUAAUAUUAAUAUUACAAGUCUAUGGCAAUAUCUUCUUUUAUUUGGAACGCAAGUGAAGUCAGCUAAUGAAACGGACUCUAUAAGCUUCGAUUUUGAUACCUUCGCUUCGGCACUAAUGAAAUCAACUAUAAUGGCAACUGGAGAGUACGACGCUGGUAAUAUUAAUAUUACAAGUCUAUGGCAAUAUCUUCUAUUAUUUGUGUUUGUCAUCAUCGUGGGAAUUUCUUUAUUUAAUCUGCUCGUGGCGAAAGCAUUGAACGACAUUCAGUUCAUUCAAAACCAAGCGGAAAUAUGUAGUGCCAUAUAUCGCAUCAAUAUACAUAGUAAAAAACUUAUGAAAAGCUGUCUAUCGUAA